CCGCCAUCAUCUCGCGAGAUGUGGCAAGGUGUUCGAGAUUUCUGCCCGGUGAAGCCAGUGCAAUGCAGAAAUAUGAAAAAUUAGAGAAAAUAGGCGAAGGUACAUAUGGCACAGUGUUCAAGGCAAAGAACAGGGAGACCUGUGAGAUAGUAGCUCUGAAGAGAGUCAGACUAGAUGAUGAUGAUGAGGGUGUACCUAGUUCAGCAUUACGUGAGAUUUGUUUACUAAAGGAGCUGAAACACAAAAACAUUGUGAGACUUCAUGAUGUUCUUCACAGUGAGAAAAAGCUGACUCUAGUCUUUGAGUAUUGUGAUCAAGAUCUGAAGAAAUACUUUGACAGUUGCAAUGGAGAUAUUGACCCUGAUGUUGUCAAGUCCUUCAUGUAUCAGUUGUUGAGAGGUCUUGCUUUCUGUCACAGUCAUAAUGUACUACACAGGGACUUGAAGCCACAGAACCUGCUCAUUAAUAAGAAUGGAGAGUUAAAGUUGGCAGAUUUUGGUCUGGCCAGAGCAUUUGGUAUCCCAGUGCGGUGUUACUCUGCAGAGGUUGUCACUCUAUGGUAUCGCCCCCCUGAUGUCUUGUUUGGUGCUAAACUGUAUACAACCUCUAUAGAUAUGUGGUCUGCGGGGUGUAUAUUUGCAGAACUUGCCAACGCUGGCCGUCCGCUGUUUCCAGGAAGUGACGUGGACGACCAACUUAAGAGGAUAUUCAGGUUACUAGGCACACCUGGAGAAGACACCUGGUCAGGGAUGACAUCUUUACCAGACUACAAGCCAUAUCCCCCAUUCCACGUGACUACCAACUGGCAACAUGUGGUACCUAAACUAAGUACCAAGGGAAGAGAUCUACUACAGCGGUUACUGGUCUGCAACCCGUCUGGUAGGAUAUCCGCAGAGGACGGAAUGCAGCACAGUUACUUCGCGGAUCUCAACCCAGCCGUGAAGCAAGGAUGAGGAACAAAAUGGAGAUUUAUCCACAGAGAUCUAUCAAAAGCCUUUUUUU